CCCCGCCUGGUGCGGCACCUGUUGGAGGCGCCGGCCCUCGGGGACGCGGGCUACCGGCCGGCCUUCCUGGCCACCUACCGGACCUUCGCUGAGCCGCCCGUGGUGCUGGGGCUCCUCCUGGAGAGGCUCCAGGCGGUGGCUGGGCCAAAUGCCCGCAGCCCCCAAGAGACGGAGGAGCUGCAACGAGCCUUGGCCUCGCUGCUGUGCUCCUGGCUGGACGGGUAUUCCCAGGACUUUGUGGGGCUGGAGCCCCGCCUGCGGGAACAGGUGCUGGGCUGGCUGCACUGGGCCUGGGGCAGCAACUCAGGGCCCGAGAAGAGCCUCCCUGACGCCUCCAGGGAGAGAGACCCCGCAGCCCAGGACAGACAGGAGGAGGGCUCCACCCAGGAAGGGGACCCCGAUCCCCACUACAUCCUGGGACUCCAGGCAGAAGAUGUCGCGGCUCACCUCACUGCGCAGGAUGCUGACCUCUUCUUGCGCCUCAUCCCCCACGAGUGCCUCGGCUCCACGUGGUCUCAGCGCGACAAGAAGGGCCAUGAAGGGGCCUGCCCCACCGUCCGGGCCACCGUGGCCCAGUUUAACCUUGUGGCCAAUGCGGUGAUCUUCUCGUGCCUGUGGGACACAGGGCUGCGUGCCACCCAGCGGGCGCGGCUCCUGGAGAAGUGGAUCCGCGUGGCAGAGGAAUGCCUCCUCCUGCGCAACUUCUCCUCGCUCUACGCUGUGAUCUCUGCACUGCAGUCCACACCUUUGCACCGGCUGAAGCGGACCUGGGAGGAGACGUCCAGGGAUUCUGCCCGUUGCUACGAGGAGCUCAGCGCCAUUUGCUCGGAGCAGGAUAACUACAGCCAAAGCCGGCAGCUCCUUUUCCAGGAAGGCUGCCUUGCAGGAGGAGGAGGAGGAGGCGGAACAGCCGAGGCCCCCCAGCGCAGGCAUCAGCGGAGGCUGCUGGAGCACUGCCUUAACCUGUGGGCAUCCCUGCAGGGUGUCAUCCCGUACCUGGGCACCUUCCUCAAGGACCUGGUGAUGCUGGACGCAGCCACUCCGACCCUGCUGCAGAACAGUGGAUACAUCAACUUCGAGAAGCCCCGUAAGGAGUUCGAGAUCCUCACCCGGCUGCGCCUCCUGCAGGCCAGGUGCCGCAACUACGCCUUGGCCCCCGACCAGGCCCUCCACCAGUGGCUGCGGCGCCUGUCCCCCCUCCGUGAGGCCCAGAGUUACCAGCUGUCCUGUGCCAUCGAACCCCCCAUGGAGGGAGCGACCCCUGCCAGGCCCAGCAAGCCCACCUUGGUGAUCACGCGCUGCACAGACUUGAUCGCCUCUCUGGGAGUGAGCGCCCCGCUGCCCUGGGACAGACCUGGGUCCCCCCACAUCUCCCCCAACCUGCUGGGGCCAUCAGCUGCCUCUCUCACCACCCAGGGAGCUUUCCAGCACAGCAAGUGGCCCUCCGUCUCAGUCCUAGACGCGUCACCCCUGUCCUCCCCUGGGGAUGGCCUGGCCCCCCUCCCUGCCAAGGGGGGCGGCUUCAUCCGGGGCCACCGGCGCUCGGCCCCCUGCGGCUCCGUCUCUCCCCAGGCCCCUGACCUGGGGGGCGCCUCCCCCUCGGACUGCCGCAUCAUCCGGGUCAGCCUGGCGCUGCAGAACGGUACCCUGUACAAGAGCAUCCUGGUAACAAGCCAAGAUAAGGCUCCCUCGGUGGUGGCAAAAGUGCUGGAGAAGCAUAACCAGAACCAGGAACUGGCCACCGACUACAAGCUGGUGCAGCUGUUGCCAGAAGGCCGAGAGCUGGUCUUCCCCCCCACGGCCAACAUCUUCUACGCCAUGGACAUUCUGCUCUGGGGCUGUGAGUGCCAGAAGAGCAUCGGCCAUGCAACAGGGGACUUCACGGCUCUGCUGGAGCGCUCCUGUCCACCUGCUUGA